AUGCAUUACACGUCUCAUUCGAUGAGCUCAGCCGUUGGGUUCGAAUCAACCAAUGAAAAUGAGAAUCCAAGCCUGAAAAAGUACGGAUCUUCGAUCGCCAACUAUAAGGAUAAUGCCAAAACAAACAGGCAACAGAGUGUUCCACAUCAUCGUGUUGCCUUGAGUGAUGUUACUUCACAGAUCUCAAAUAGGCCCCUCCCUGUCUCUUCCAGUACAAUUUCACAAGAUUCUUUGGACCGUAUUAAGAAAGUGGGAAAUAUGGUCAGAAACGAAAACUAUUUUAUGCAAGACGAAGGCGAAGGUGUCACAAUCGAUGAAGAAGAGAAUGAUCUGCGGAGUCUCAGGGAAUCUCAAAGCGAUAGUGCUAUGCAGGUCGAGUUGCAGCGAGAGCAGGUUUCUUCAGUAGGGGAGGCUGAUGAGGGAGAUGAAGACGAAUAUAACGAAGUAGAGAGCGAAGAUGAAGUGAAAGAGCCGCUGUUUCCGGAAGUGACAACCAGAUCGCAAACCAUUCUAGAAGAAGCAUAUCAAAAAUAUCACCGAGAUACUGCUGAUCCAAUGGAUGAUGAUACAUAUGACGUGGUUAUGGUGGCAGAACUAAGUAAAGACAUUUUUGGAUACAUGAAAGAGUUAGAAAUGAAAUAUAGGCCGAAUCCUCAUUACAUGACUUCUCAACCAGAAUUGAAAUGGUCAUAUAGAAGUACGUUAAUCGAUUGGAUUGUACAGGUACAUUCCCGGUUCCAACUUCUGCCUGAAACUCUUUAUCUGACCAUUAAUAUCAUUGAUAGGUUUUUGUCAAAGAAGACUGUAACUCUGAAUAGAUUUCAGCUCGUGGGUGCGUCUGCGUUAUUUAUUGCUGCUAAAUAUGAAGAGAUAAACUGUCCAACUUUGAAAGAUAUUGUCUACAUGCUAGAUAAUGCAUACACACGAGAGGAUAUCAUUAAAGCAGAAAAAUAUAUGAUAGAUACGCUAGAAUUCGAAAUAGGUUGGCCAGGUCCAAUGUCGUUUCUAAGGAGAAUAAGCAAAGCAGACGAAUAUGAGUAUGAUAUCCGGACUUUGGCCAAAUAUUUACUGGAGACAACGAUAAUGGAUCCCAAGCUGGCAGCAGCGCCUCCAAGUUGGUUGGCAAGUGGUGCUUAUUUUUUAAGCAGAGUUAUUUUGGGCUCCAAUAAUUGGUCAAGCAAGCAUGUUUACUAUUCAGGCUACACACAAGAACAAAUCUUUACGCUGGCAACUGUAAUUUUGGAAAACUGUAGAUAUGCAGAAAGACGUCACCAGGCUAUAUUGAAAAAGUAUUCUGAACGCCGUCAACAUCGCUCAGCGCAAGUUGUAGCCAAAUGGAUAGCUUUGGCCGAAAAAAAAGUUGACCACACCACUGCAUGA